AUGAAGUCCGGAAGCAUUUUGAGUUUGGCUACCCUCGCCUUAGCGGGAUCUGCACAGGCUGCACUUUCUACAUCAUACUCUACUACAUGUUCUGAUGUUUUAUGGUGGACAGCCUGUGACACCGAGACUUACACGGUUACUAUUCCUGAUCCAACCACUAUCUCUGUCUCAACUUCUGUACUCACUACGAGUACAUGUAGUGAUGUGUUAUGGUGGACUGCAUGCGACACUUACACAACGACAUAUCUUAAGACCUAUGCAAUUACUGAGACAGCUACCACAACAAGUACCACAAGUACUACAAGUACAACACCAACUACAAGCACACCAAGUACCACUAGUACUCUAAGUACCACAAGCACGAGUUCUACCACUCCAACGACUUCCAGUACAAGUACCACAAGUACCACAAGCACGAGUUCCACUACUCCAACGACUUCCAGUACAAGUACCACAAGUACCACAAGCACGAGUUCCACUACUCCAACGACUUCCAGUACAAGUACCACAAGUACCACAAGCACGAGUUCCACUACUCCAACGACUUCCAGUACAAGUACCACAAGUACCACAAGCACGAGUUCCACUACUCCAACGACUUCCAGUACAAGUACCACAAGUACCACAAGCACGAGUUCCACUACUCCAACGACUUCCAGUACAAGUACUACAAGUACCACAAGCACGAGCUCCACUACUCCAACAACUUCUAGUACAAGUACCACAUCAACGACAUCUUCUACAACGUCGACAACACCAACAACAACCAGUACAACAAGUACCACAAGCAGCUCAAUAAUUGAAAGCAGUACAAUUGCCUUGAGUACUUCAAGCACUACAAGUACAUCAAGCACAACCAGCACUGAAAGCACAACCAGCGCUUCAAGUACAACUAGUACUACUCCAACAACCACAUCCAGCACCAGUAGCACAUCUACUACUUCUGCUACUUCGGAUUCUACAACGACCAGUAGUAGUUCUGCUAGCGGAUACUCGGUUCCUGCAAACACAACCAGUGUGUUAACCGAUACAAGCCUCUCUGCCUCCUCCCAAUCUGUUACUCCAAUUUACACUACUACGAAUAGCACAACAACGUACCCUAUCACAUCUGCUUCAAACAGCACUAGUGUUAGCUCAUCAUUGUUUGUCAACAGUUCAAUUGCUGCUACUUCUUCGUUCCAGAACAGCUCCGCUGUUUCUUCAACCGUUACUUUGACUGCAACUACAGUGUUUGCAAACACUUCUUGUGCCGAGACCACUUCAACAGCAUACAGCAGUUACUUAACGACCAAGAUUGUCGAUGGCACUACUGUGAUUGAGACUGUCUGUCCAAGGUGCACCAAGACUUCAUCUGCCGUCAGUGAGUCGAAGUCUAAUGAGUCAAACAGUAUUUUGACUCUUACUUCGACAUUCUGCAAUGAAAGUUCAACCUACGUCACAACAGCAUUGUCUACAUUGUCUGAGAGUAGCAGCGAGGAGUUAACUACUAAAGUUACAUCAUCUUCUGCAGCAAAAUCAUCUGUCUCUACCACUGAAUCAACAUCAUCUGCUGCAGCAAGAUCAUCUGUCGCUACCACUGAAGCAACAUCCUCCGCUGAGGAAUCUGCUGCUACAACUUCGGAGGCUGCUACUACUGAGGCCUCAUCCUCAGCAAAGGAAACUGUUGCAUCAACUUCGGAGGCUGCUAUCAGUGAGGCUUCUUCGUCUGCGAAGGAAACUGUUGCAUCAACUUCGGAAGCGCCAAUAUCAUCUUCAGUUCAGAAAUCAUCCACAACCUCAAUUGCAACAUCUGAUGAGACCACAUUGUCAAAGGUUACUCUAAGAACCACUUCGACGAUCAGAUCUACUUCAUCUGCAGCACCAUCAAAAGCCCCAAGAACGAAAUCAAAGGGUGCAGCCAACGAGCUUCGCACUUCUGCAUCAUUGAUGUCAUUGUUGGCCGCCAUCAUGCUUUUGCUAUGA